UCAGCACUUCGCCGGAUCAGUUUCCGGUCGAGGGAGCGAGCGAGCAGGGGGAGUAACGAUCGCCGAUCGCGGAGGGGAGGCAGUGGCGUCGCGGAGCUGGGAACACGGCACAGCUGAAGGGGUAGCUAAUUCUUUGGUGCAAUGGUUCGUUCAAGAUCACGAUCCCCACGGUGGAAGCACAGGUCAAUUUCGCCAACCUAUGGAAGAAGCCAAGAAUACCCUGUUGAGAGACCGCUGUAUCAAUCGUAUAGUGGGGAGCUAAAAGAAUUUGGUCAAAGUUCAGGAAGACCUCUUCAGUGGAAGAGUCAACGGGAGAAAUGGGCUGAAACAGCAGGUGUAGAGUCGAGGUCAGCAGAUGCCCAGUAUGGUGCUAUUCAUCGGAAAGUUUUUGAGUAUGGAUAUCCUUCCCCAAAUCCAAGGAGAAUGGGCUCAUCUCCAACAGGAAGAGACUUGUAUCUCCAAGAAAAAGAAGGAAACCGAAGCUACCCACCUCCCUCAAGAUAUCUUGAAGAUAAUCCAUACCAUGAUCAUGAUGAACGACCAUGUGAUAGCAAUGAAUGGCAUGAGCACCGGAAAAGUUCUCACAAUGAACGGCAUCAUGACCACGACCAAUGGCACAAUGACUUUGACCAGCGACGCUACCAUCAGAAUGUGGAAAUCCCAACUCAUGUAAGAUUGUAUAAUGAAAAACCCAAGAACUUUGGAGGUGAUCCACAAAUGGAUUCUUGUGCCCAGUCACUGCCUACUGCUGCUGGCUGUACAGAAUCGUGGCAAAACUUGGAAAACUUUCGAAAUCCUAGUUUCCGCGAGGAAAGACGUUCAGGUUCUCAUUCUCCUGGAAGACGGGCUAAAGAGUUUCUGGAUAGGAGCCCCUACCAGAGGAGGUAUCCUGAUGAGGAUGAAGUCAAAGGGUACAGAGAAACAUCUGGAAGAAGCUGGGUGUCUGCAAAGCAUGAGGUGAUAGAACACGAAAAAGAUUUAAAAUGGCGAGGGGAGAAGUUCCCUCAGAAUAGGAAAAGCUACCCAACUGCAUCAUACGAUGAUUCAGAAGGCAGUCAUGUUAAAGAGAUACCAAGAGACCGAUAUAAUGAUGGCAGCCACUGCGAGGAGUUUGUGCAGGUAAAAAGUGGGUUUGCACAUUCACCAAGGUAUCCUGAGAUGCACACUUCUUCUGAACACCGCAAGAUAUUUUCCAGUGGAAGAGAGCCAGCAUAUUCAAGCAAAGGUAGAGAGUUUACAAGCAGCUCUUCAAGUAAUAAAGAGGUGAGUCGUUUUCACAGUAGCAGUAGGAAAUCAGGUACUGAUGUGAACAGAAGAGAGGGGCGUCACUCUGUGUCAGGAAAAUAUUCCGUUUCUGAGCAUUCCUCUAGCAGGUUGCAGCAUGGAUGCAAGAAAGAAGUAAGCUCAAGAUCUCAACCAUCAGGAACCAGAGACCGUUCAGAAACAGGAAAGGAAUUAAGAAAGCGCUCCAGAUCUUCUGAAGAGCACCGUGGCAGCACUCACAAGCGAUCGAGCCAUCAAUCUAGUGAUAUGGAAAAGUCACGCCAUGGUACAAAGAGUGAGCGAAACAGAACGACGGAGUCUCUAACCAUCAGAAUAGAUAUGAAGAAAACUGUCAAAAAGUGCAGGCCGACAUCAAGCCAUGCUUCAGAGAGACUAAUGUCUCGGGAUUUGGUUAGUGUUGGCAAGAAACGGGAUGAGUUCCAUCAUGUGUUUGAGCAUAUGGGUUCGUCAUUCGAGGCUAACCCGAACAUCUCUUCAGGAGAAUUUGCCCAGGAGAUAAUCACUCUGGUGCACCAGAUUAAAGAAGACCAUUUUAAGUCUUCAGAUCUAACAUUGCAUGACCGUUUUUCAAAGUUGCAAAAUGCCCAGAGUCCUGGAAGAAAAGAGGAAAAUGCUCGGGGCCCUGAGAUACACAGACGGAUUGACAUGUCACUGGAGGACUUACACAACCGAGAAAGGAAACCUGUUGCCAGAAAGACCAGCACGUGGGUUGCUGUAAAUCCAGAUGAUCUUCGGCAUGACAUAGAGCGAAGGAGGAAGGAAAGAUUACAGGACAAGUAUGGGGAGACCUAUCAAACCCUGGAGCCAGUGUUUCUCUCUCGCAGAUCUGAAAGAUCUGAAAAGUCUCAUUUAUUGAAUCGAGUGAAAACUGACAGAACUCCACGACUUAAAGAACCAUCAGUCAGACUAACGAAGUAUCGGGAAAGCCUGCACAGGGAAUCUUCGGUAGCAACGAAAAGAAAAAUAAGAGAAACCUCAGAAGAGCGGUCCAGAAGUUUGCAAAGACCUCUUAAGCAUUUUACAAAAGAAUAUCCAUCUUCUGGGCGAAAGAGAGGCUUGACAUUUGAAACCAAGUAUCGACGCAUAUACGGUGUUGGUUUUGGGCGUACUAAUCAACGGAUAUUCACCAAACAUUUCAGGGAAGGGCUGAGCAGGAAAAGGAGAGAUGAAAGGGAAUUACCCAGCAGUACCACAGACAAGUAACAUACAUAGCCAUCAGAAUAUGGAAGAGUGCUGAACAGCGGAUGUAUUUCCAAUAUUAAAUCUCUGGAGGACUGCUCGCAUUUCAGUUGGAAUCGGUCCAAAUGGCUAUUGCAGACUGCUGUGAAUAUGCUGUUGUUCAACUUGUUCUACUAUAGUUAGUGACAGAUCCAAUCGUUUUUUUCCAAUUACGCUUGAUAAUCUGACUGGUGAUUAAAACCUUCCACUGUUUUCUAAUUAGUCUGAAUAAUAGCCUCCUCUUUUCCCUUCCACACUAGCCUUCAGACAAGGUCUUCCAAGAAUAAUUCUAAAACAUGAACUGCAAGGCAGGACAACCGCAAAUAUGAGAUAAAACACUGAUCUGUUUAAGUCUUGUCAAAGUAAUGAUGCACCCCGGUUUAAAAUGUUGCUGUGAGAAACCAGAAAUAUUAAUGGUGUGAUUGAAGGUGGACAGAAUGUUUAAAAAUUAAACUUGUGAAUUUUUCUCUGAUGUUUGCCAUUGGCUGCAGGAGUGCAAGCUGAUGUUGCUUGCUGUCCUUGUGAAUGGAUGUCCAAGUAUUUCCUGUUAUUUAAAUUGUGGACUUGUUGGCUGAGUUCAUUUGCCUUAAUGUAUCUCAAUCUACUGUUCUGCUUUUGAUUUGAACCUGCAAAUGUGUGUGACCAAAUAAAUGGUACAUUAAUAUUCUGGUGUAAGAUGUAGUUGUUUGGUACUUUGUGUUUUUAUCGAUUCCAUUUUAGUGAGAAUUGUUAUCCAGAUGUACCAUUCUGUGUAGAGUUAGUGGAGGAGAUGAUUUGACUCCAUGUGAGGGGACAUUGAUGUCAGGAAGAGACAGGGAUUUCAAUAAACACAAAGCUUUCAGUGAAGAGAAAACAAAAUGAAAGAAGACCAGGGCAAACAGUGUAAAAGUGCAAGAUGAUCAAAGCCUAACCAGGGGCAAAUAAUAAGGCGAGACAGGAAUGGCAGAGUUAUUCACUUGUUUUCUCAAUGUUCUAAGUCUGUCCCUUCAAUAUAAUGAAUCUCAUUACGUGGAGUGUUAAGAUGAGGUGUUGCACUUCCACAUUAGGUGUGCAUCUGGGAGUGUUCCCAUUCCUACACCCGCUGAACUUCCUUUAUUUAGAUAGCUAUGCUCAAUCUCAUCCUGAUUUUGUAGGGCUGGAUAGCAGUAUAAAAAUAAUGUUGGAGAAACUCAAGUGCCAGCAUCUGUAAGAGAAACAGUUACUGUUUCAGUUCAUAUGUGACUGUUUCAGAACCCCUGUGGUACUCCAGCCGUGCUACAGUUGUACUCAUUGAUUUAUUUCCAAAAAGCAAACCUUGGGAUGAGGGGCAGAAGGAAUUAAUUAUUCUAAUUAGAGUUAAUUCCAUAGGGGUUUUCCUUUCCCAGCUAAAACAUCAGUAUUGGUUAAUAACCAAGUAAAAACAUACACUAGUUAGUAUGUUUGGAAUCUAGGCAAUAUUUAAUUAUUAUACAGGUUGAAAUGUUAGAAUUCAAUAUCCCACACUUGGAUGGUGUGUGCACAUAUAGGUCCCCUCCCUUUUUUGAACUUUAAUUAGAUCAGGCAUUUAUAACGUUUACUUAGUUUGAAUAUUGAUUAUCUUUGAAUGCCAAAUGUCUAUUGGCUUUUGCAACCAUUUAUAUGUUUACAGGAACAAGCGCUUUGUUUUGAAUAAUUCAUUCUAAUAUUUCUCCCAUUCUCUUAUUCCUGAACCUGGGGAGAAAUAACAUUGCUAACGCCAGGUUGGUUUAUUGAGUAGGACUUUCUUUAAAAAUCCGAUCUAAUUUUGUCCAAGAAUGUACUGAGAUAUAUGGAUAACAAGUUGAAACCGUUCUGACCCUAAUGGUACUGGUUUAUCCAUGAUCUCUUUGUAUCUCUAGUGACUCAGAUACAAGUAUUGGGAUUGUUCCAAAAUUAUCUUUCUGAUGCCAGCAUAUCGCCCUCUCCAAUCUGCUGCCCAUAAAACAGCUCCACAAAACUGAAAUUCUUCCUUAUGUUCUUUCUUUGCAAAUUGUUCUCUGGACAUCACUGUUGCUUUUCUGUGCAGUGAUGUGAUUAGAUGGCAACAGUUUGUUUGUAACUUUCUAACAGUUGACCAGUCAGGUUUUAUUUGAACUUGUUUUAGUGGUGAUGAAUUUCUACAGGUGACAGGAGCAGCUUGAGAUUUGUAUGAAGACUGUCAUUAAACUGUUCUUUCAUCACUAUGACCACAUGUUUGCUAUUGAUGGAUUUUAAUUCUAUUGUCUUUGUGAAGUAUACUUUGAG